GUAUAUUUCCCUCAACAUCAGAUGAUACACUCAGUUGCUGAUCCACUUUUGUGUACAGAGACCGUAACAGACUGGAAAAAUUGGAUAAUCAGUAUAAAGGACUCUGACCACUUCAAGAUGACAAGUAUGCACUGGACUAAAUUACUUCAUUGAAAAGAAAUCUCAUUAAAAAUUUUAUAAAGGCCUCGCCUUCAAAGUUACAAGAUGUCAAAUUCCACCAGCACACAACCUCCAGAGGAGCUCUGCCCAAGAAACAUACUCAUAACUCAGCAAAUCAUUCCUGUGUUGUACAGUGUGGUCUUUGCUGCAGGGUUUGUGCUGAAUGGUGUGUCCGGGUGGAUAUUCCUUCACGUUCCCAGUUCAAAGAGCUUCAUUGUCUAUCUCAAGAACAUCGUUGUUGCUGACUUUGUGAUGAACCUGACAUUUCCUUUCAAAAUUCUCAAUGACUCAGGCAUAGGCCCCUGGCAGUUGAAUGUGUUUGUAUGUAGGGUCUCUGCUGUGCUCUUCUACGUCAACAUGUAUGUCAGCAUCGUGUUCUUUGGGUUCAUUGGCUACGACAGGUAUUACAAAAUCGUAAAGCCUCUUUCAACUUCUUUCAUCCAAUCAGUGAAUUACAGCAAACUCCUGUCAUUAAUGGUGUGGCUGCUGAUAAUCCUCCUCGCCAUUCCCAACAUAAUCCUGACCAACCAAAGAGUCAAGGAUGUGACACGAAUAGAAUGUAUGGAACUUAAAAGUGAACUGGGAUUGAAGUGGCACACAGCAUCAAAUUACAUCUUUGUGGGCACCUUCUGGAUUGUGUUUAUUCUGUUAAUCAUUUUCUAUACUGCUAUCACAAGGAAAAUCUUUAAGUCCCACCUUAAGUCUAGAAAGAAUUCCAUUUCAGUCAAAAAGAAAUCUAGCCGCAAUAUAUUCAGCAUCAUGCUGGUAUUUGCUGUCUGCUUUGUGCCCUAUCAUGUUGCCAGGAUCCCCUACACUCAGAGCCAAACAGAACCUUAUUACAAGUGCCAGUUAAAAGAAAUCUUGCUCUAUGUAAAGGAAUUCACUCUAUUAUUGUCAGCAGCUAAUGUAUGCCUGGAUCCCAUUAUCUAUUUCUUUCUAUGCCAGCCAUUUAGAGAAAUCUUAUGUAAGAAAUUGCAUAUCCCACUAAAAUCUCGGCAUAAUUCAGAAAACUCCAAAACCAAACGAGGAAAUACAAUCCAUGAAAGUACAGAUACUUUGUGAAUUUCUACUUCCUUUCAAAUUAAGUCCAUGCAUACAGACUCUAAUCCUCAUUACAAUAAGCGAAUAAAAAAGGGACUAUGAUCAUGUCAUGUCUAAGCAAAACUGACCAAUUUAAUACAAUAAUGAACCUAAAUAUGUAAGUUUACAUCUCUGUUGUAACAUCAAAGAAGAAAAUAAAACAUUAUUCAAUCUAACCCCAUUAAAAUAAGUUUAAGUUUAUAAUCACUAGUCACUUAAUGUAGUACUUUAAAAAACAAACAAAACAGCAACUAAGGCCAUUCACAGAGGCAUAAUUCUUCACUAGCAUAUGUUAUCUUUUUCAACAGGGUCAUUAAAGAGCAACUUAAAAGCAGGCAUGGUUUAAGAAAAGACCAGAGACAGGUUUACAGUGAAAAAAGAAAAGUUUCCUCUGACUCAAAAAAGAUCAGGAUUUUAAAAUCAGGAUUAAAAGAACAACUAGAAAAAUCACUUUCAUGGGAAAGCAAAUAUAAAUAAAUUAGGUACUUCCCAAUAAAAAGCGAGAUUUUUUUUUUUUCUGAUAGCAUUUUGAGGAAGGCAUAUAUAUUUUAAAAAUGCUUCCACUAUUUAAGUCACUUAAUGUCCCUGGAGCUCUGGUUUUAAAUAUUAUCCAAGCAGAGUCUGAUUAGAAACUGGGUAAUGGCAUUUGUUGCAAUGUCACUGAUAGGGUCAAUGAUAUGGGGAAAAAAAGGAAGAUGACCUGGGGGAAAAAACACGUACACAUACCCUGGCAGGCUAUACAUAUUAUCUUAUUCUUCAGGGGCAGAGAGGCAGCUUUUCCAAAUGUAGCUAGAACUUGAUAUAAAGAAAAUCUAAAAUUUAUAGUAAUGACUGAGAAAUUAUACAUUAAAAGGAAAAUUCACCUUUCAUAUUCCCUGAAAAACGUAUGAUUAAAUAUAUGAAGAUACAGGAUAUAUUUACUAGCUAAUAAGUGAAAAAUAAAACUAAAUUCUUUCUGUGAGUAACAGGCUACAAGACGUUCAACGCCAAUUUUCAAAUGUUCUUCCCAUACAGUUUUAUAAGUCAUGUUUAUAAAAUAUAUUUUAUUUACUGCA